AUAACAAACUCUUAACCUAAAAGCUUGAUAAUUUCGUGAUGUCACAAAAAAAGUAUUAUCCUAAUAGUUUGUUUAAUUUUAAAUAAAGGGAAAUGUCGGGUCAUUCGACUGCCACCUCAGAUGAGGAAAGUUCUUCGCCUGAGCGAAAUAAUUAUUCGGGUUUUGGCAUCACACCCAACAGAAAAAGAAAACAUUCAAAUGAUGCCCAAUUAUCUUCACAAUCGUCGCAAUUUAGCUGUUCUGAUAGUUCGAGCAGUUCUUCUUCUGAAUCAGAGAGUGAGAGUUCUCCUACAAAACAAAAGCUUGCAAAAAAUAACUCAGGAAUUGCUUAUUCGAACUUCAAUCAUUCAUCAAUAUCGAGAAACAAGGAAGAAAAACAUGAUGGAACAAGAAUUAUUCCAAAAGCAGGAACUGCUUAUUCAAAUUUCAGUCAGAAGUAUAUGGCAAAAAUGGGUUAUGAAGAAGGUAAAGGUCUUGGGGCAAGAGCUCAAGGUAUAGUAGAACCUGUUGAAGCAUCAUCACAGCGGGGAAGGCGAGGUCUAGGUUUGGAACAUCCAGAGCCAGUAGGAAUUGAUGAAGCAAUUCCAUUUAAUGCUGAGGAUGAAAUAAUAGAGGUGCAUGAAGAAAUAAUAUGGUUACGAUGCCCAAAUCAUGAUCUGGAAUACGACGAAAUCAAAAAAUGGUAUGUUGAAGGUCCCAGAAAAAAUACAAUUGAUGACGAGACAGAUUUUAUAGACAGAAAAAUAUGGAGAAAUAUUCUAAAGUCUAAGACUAUUUUUGAUAACAUAAAAGCUGAAGAUAUGAGAAGAGCUCGCAUGAAUUCGAAUCCUUUUGAAACUAUACGAGGAGCGUUUUUUCUUAAUCGUGCAGCAGUUAAAAUGGCAAACAUGGAUGCCAGGAAUGAUUUUAUGUUUACGAGUCCAAAAAACCGUCAUAAUGAACCUGCUGUAAAGGAAAAUGAACUGUUAUAUUUUGCCGAUGUUUGCGCUGGACCUGGGGGUUUUUCGGAAUAUGUUUUGUGGCGAAAGAAAUGGUAUGCAAAAGGUUUUGGCUUUACAUUGAAGGGUUCAAACGACUUCAAAUUGAGUGAUUUUUUAGCUGGAUCUCCUGAAACAUUUGAUACAUAUUAUGGAGUUGAUGGUGAUGGAGAUGUAUUCAAACCACACAAUAUUGAUUCAUUUCAAAAUUAUGUUCUUGAACGAACUGAUGGAUAUGGGGUACAUUUUAUGAUGGCAGAUGGGGGAUUUUCUGUGGAAGGUCAAGAAAAUAUACAAGAAAUUCUAUCAAAACAAUUAUAUCUCUGUCAAUGUAUAGUAGCUUUGUACAUUGUAAGAGAAGAAGGCCAUUUUGUUGUGAAACUUUUUGAUCUUGUCACUCGAUUUAGUAUGGGGUUGAUGUUCUUAAUGUAUCAUGCUUUUGAAGAAAUUUGUAUAAUGAAACCAAAUACUAGUAGACCUGCAAAUUCUGAGCGGUAUUUGCUUUGUAAAUGGCGACGCAAGAAUGUGGAUGGUAUUGCAAAAUAUCUAUUUAAAAUUAAUAAAAAAUUAUUUAAUUAUCCUAAGAACCAUUCUAUGGAUAUUAAUGAAAUCGUACCAAUGGAAAUUAUGCAAGAGGAUCAAAAGUUUAUGAACUAUUUUAUAGAUAGCAAUAACAAACUUGGUCAAAAACAGAUAGUUGGUUUGUCGAAGAUAGUUGCAUACUGUAAAGAUCUCACAUUGAGAGAAAGCCGUCAGACAGAAAUGCGCAACAAAUGUUUGCAAGCAUGGAAUGUAGAAAACAGAAUGCGCAGUAGAAAUGGAAAUCAAUGUUCAAAUGCUGCUCUGAGUGAAUUACAAGAAAAAAUGCCUGCAAUUGUAAAGCGUAAUUUACUUAGAAACACUGGCAAUAUGAUCAAUACCAUUGAAGAUGUUGAGAAAUUCGUUGGUAAACUUCCUACUGAAAAAUAUUUUAUGUUUUUAAGUAGAGGAAAAGUUGCUGAACUCGUUCCACCUACUUUUUUCUUAGGUACGGGAGGUACUAGAAUAUUUCAGUAUGUUAAUAAUAGUUGGUCUCAAAUUCUUUCUUCCACUGAAAUAAAACUGCCAGCAGGCACCUUGAUUUAUGGUGAACUAACAGUCGAGUAUCAUGGUGAAUUCAAAUCCCAAACAUUUGUGACUGUGUUACAUAUUAUAGAUGCUUUAUUUCUUGGCAAAGAACCUGUCUAUGAACUAAAUUUAAUGCAGAGGAUUGAAAAGUGUGAGCUUUUUACCAAGGCAAUAAUGAUAUCAAAUCGUAAAUCUGUAAGGGUUAAAAAAUUAUUAAGACUGGAAAACUUUCGUACUGAAUUAGGAAAAUUACAAAUAAAGUACAUGAAGGGUGGCAGUCCUGCGAUGGCAGUCCCCCUUCCAUCGCCAAAUGAUCAAGAGGUUGAUUCAUCAUAUUUUUAUGUACCUCGAGGGUUAAUAUUCCUUAAUCCAAUUGGCAAUGGGUGGGAUAUUGCUUGGUCAAAAUCGAAUAGGAAAAUAUACUAUCAUAGGCCCACACCCAGAGAAUCUACUUUUACGGAACCACUUGAUCUUUAUUCUAAUAUUUGUGAUUGUUUUGAAAAGCGUGCUAUCUGGUUAUUUGAUUCAUCAAUUCAGUGCUUAGAUGAUGAGACUGCGGAUCAACAUGCUGAACCGUUACAUGCACAUGAUAUAAUGAAGUUUUAUCACCAAAUUCAAGAAUAA